GUGCAAUUUUCACAUUGACCAUUGCUUCGGAGAACGCCUUCAAGCUUCAAAGCUUCACUAUUCCAUCAGUCACCAAACACAAUGUAACACAUCGAUAAACUCCAAACCCGGAUCCGACUUUGUCCUGAUGAGGGCUAUUUGCGAUACUCAUGAAAUCUGUCAACGCAAAUUCGGGACCCCUUGGACGCCGCAAAACACUCGCCCAACAUUCAAGAUGAUCUUCUCUAAUUCUAUUCUAUUCCUUCAAAGUCUCCUUCCCAUGAGCGCCCAAGUUUGUACUUCGGAACAACAGUGAUGGUCUUUUGCAUGCAGAGGGACUCUUAGGAAGGAAUUCGAUACAGCAUUUGCCGGGAAUUGCGGAUUGAAACAAGAUAAAAGCCAUACAUUUCCACCACCUAGAAUCUCAGUUGACCCAGUCUCUGCGAGUCAACUAAACCCAGAAACCCAGUUCGAAAAUGGUCUUCUUCAAUAGACUCCUCUCCUCUGUGCUUCUCGCCAUUUUGUAUGCCUCCUACAGCAAUGCCGCUCCUAGUCCUUCAUCGGAUGCGACGUACAGCACUCAAUAUGUGAAGGACCUAGGAAAUGGUGCCAAGGUUCAAAUAUUUCAUCCUCCUUCCAACUACAGUACUUUUGGGGAGGGCUUUGACACUCCUUCAUCGCUUUCCGAUGCUCCGAUCGAAGACAAGACGGUUUCGUUUGUUGCCUCGCAACUCAACAUAGAUUCCGGCAAGGUUUCAUUCAAGUCCGGAUAUACCAAUGAUAACGGCGAAUCGUUCGGUUACGCCCAACAACUUCAUUGUUCCCAUUGCGAAUGCUGUGGCCAAUGUUGCAUUCAAAAACAACAAGGUUGUCGCUUUUGGUCAAUCGUUCGUUGAUACCUCCAAAGCUGCGGAUUCCAAACCAUCAAUCGAUGUUUCCACCGUCGUUUCAAAGGUGGAAGGUAUUCUGCAAGGCAAAAAGAACGACAUCGAGCCGACUGUCAAGUAUCUUGCUCAGCCAGAUGGCUCCAUUCCUCUGGUGCACGCCUUCCAAGUCCAGAACGACAAUGCUGGGACCUUCUAUGAAGCUCUUGUUGAUGCACACUCUGGGGAAUUAGUCUCUGUCACCGACUUUGUCGCUGAAGCCUCUUACCGUGCUGUCCCAAUCUACAAACAGGACAUUACACAGGGCCUCGAACUUAUUACAAACCCCUCGCUCCCCUCUGCAUCACCCAGCGGAUGGCAUUAUGUAAGAGGUGUUAAUACCACCGUUACCUUUGGUAACAACGUCGUCGCCUAUAAGGGUGCGACGACAGGUACUACCAAACAAUCCAGUAGCGGUCUCGUCUUUGACUACACGUACAACCCCAACGUAGGCCCGACUGCAGGAUCUAACGUUGAUGCUGCCCGCACGAAUGCUUUCUACUUGAUCAACGCCUAUCACGAUACGUUGUACCAGUAUGGUUUCACGGAAAGCAAGUUCAACUUCCAGUACGACAACCUUGGAAAGGGUGGUGCCGGGAAUGACCCAGUUCUCGUCAGUGUUCAGGAUGCUUCUGGAGUCAACAACGCCUUCUUUGCUACUCCCCCCGACGGUCAACCUGGACAGUGCACGACGUACAUAUUCACUUAUACGAACCCGAACCGGGAUAGCGUCCUAUCAAAUGAUAUCGUAAUUCACGAACUGACCCAUGGGCUCAGCAACCGAUUGACUGGUGGUGGUACAGCCGCUUGUUUGCAGACUCUUGAGUCCAGAGGUUUGGGUGAAGGAUGGUCCGACGCCGUUGCCGACUGGUUCGUCCACUCUGCCUCUCCUCAGAUCACCGACUUCGUGUUUUUGCCUUGGCUAUAUAACAACCCUCGGGGUGCUAGAACAAGGCCUUAUUCAACUUCCACGACGACCAACGGUUAUAGGUAUGCCGAUAUUGGUCAGAUGAAUCAACAACACAGUGCGUUUGGUCCCUCAUAAUUAUAUAGCAGAAUGAUGUUCUGACCCCUAUGAUGACAGAUAUCGGAGAGGUAAGUAACUAUUUGCACCACCUACCCUUAGACACUCACCUCAUUUGUUUUAAUAUUCGCUUAAUGAAUCAUAGGUCUGGGCAAACAUCCUCCAUAACGUGUACGCUCAACUCGUGGGCACACGCGGAUUCUCCACCACUGCUCGAACAAGUGCGAGUGGAACCCAAGGAAACACUGUCUUUUUACAGCUUCUCGUUGACUCCUUUUCUUUAUUACCUUGCAACCCGACCUUCAUCCAUGCUCGUAACGCUUUCAUUCAAGCUGAUAUCAAUCGGUAUGCUGGCGCUAAUUACUGUACGUUGUGGAGGGUGUUUACUAGUAGGGGUAUGGGUUGGAGCGCGGCGAAUCAUGUCAAUGCUUUUGAUCUUCCCCAGGGCUGUUGAGGUGAUUGUUCUUCUUUGUGUUCUUCGGUUAUCGAUGGAGUUAUUGAGUUAGGACGUAGUAAAUUGAAUGGGUAAGGUGUCGAACUAUAAUGUACUACCA